GUCUCGUUUCAUUGUCUCACCUUUGUGCUGUAUUUUGAAUGAAAUUCCUGCAAAAUCGGAUGUUCUUCUUCUCCGUUCGUCGACCAAAGGUAUGGCGGCCGCCGAUGUAAUCAUCGUCGACACUUCUGCUCAUCUUCAAUAUCAGAAAGGCACAGAGAGAAUAGAAAGAGUGUUAGAGUCUUGGUGCAAGGACUUACGAGUUAAAGUUGUGAAUGAAUUUAUCAAGUACAAAUCUUCAUUAGAAAAUGAGCAGCAAAGGACAUUAAGUGAGAUACAAAGCAAACCAUCACCAGAGGUCUUGAAGUUAAGAAGAGAAAUUGACAAAUUAAGAGAGUUGCUUCAUACACUUGAGAAGUCUGUUAGCCAAAAAGAUGAGCUUGUAUCAAAUUUAGUGAAGUCAUUGGAGAAAGAGAAAGAGAAAUAUGAAAAGCUACGAGCAGUAUCAACUGAUCAAUGGGAGAGAUCCUCUGCGGAGAAAUCUGAUGAAAACACAGCCGCAGCUGAAAAGCAGUACAAUAAUAGAUUGGUAUCGAGGUGCUGGAAAGCUUGGAAAGAGGCUGCGCGGUCAAAAGACUUCAGCGAUGACGUAGCAAACGAAAAUGCUCCAAGAAUAGUCGAAGUGAAGCAGGAAGAAUGUCUGCCUGCGGAGGAGUCUCCAUUCUCAGACGAUACUCUUGAGGGUAGCGACGAAGAUAUCGAGCAAUUCAUAAAAAGUUCUACAACACUGGAUUAUGGAGCUUCGGCCGCUCCAGACGAGCGAACAUACCCAGCAUAUCAAACGACUGUAUCAAAAAGUUAUAAUCCAACGGACACAGACUCGCCUGGACAAGACGAAACAGCCUCAUUCUCAGUUCUGCAACGUACCCAAGAAGAUAGCGAAAACAUAACCAAAGAUGAAGAGAUCGUUGAUGGUUAUCCCGUGCAAGAAACAAAAAAGGAUCAUCAAGGAGCUUCAGUGUCAAGAAUCCCACCAACCACGGGAGGACCCACAGCUAAUAAAGUUCGCGGGAAGAAACGCGCUUACGCGAGAACUGCUUACGAACGCGGAAAAAAGAUGUAUGAAAUCAAAGACAAAAUCAGAAUUAAAAAGGUUCAAAGCUUAAAGGGCAGGACGUCAUUUUUGAAUUCAGAUGGAAGACCAACUAUGGCGACAAACGCUUUUCAGAAACAAAUGGAAGAGAACGAAGGAACAUUACUGCAGGUGACAAGUACUGCUCAAACUUCGAGCCAUCUAACACAUAACAAAUCGUAUGACCCUCAUGAUUUUACCGGCGGAAUCCUUCAAAGUAAAGAACCAAUCGCCGAUACAUCAGCAAAUGUCGAACAUGUACAGCCUCCUUUUGGACCGAAUCGUAGUGAUUGGGAGACUGCAAAAAAUAAUAUUUCGCAGUAUAUGAACCAAAUGUUGAAAAAAGGUGCCGAUACGAAGGAAGCGAACCGUAAUCCUAUUGAAAAUAGAACCAUUUUAGCGACAACAAGUGGUAUAGGAGAAACUUUAAAAGAAGACAGCGAUGUUUCCGGAUCGGCAAAUCAGACAACCGAGCCCGAGAACCAAGCAAAAGCUGGAGGAGAAGGCCAUCAAUGCAGUCUUUGCGCUCACGAUUUCGCUUCCCAAGAGGUUCUCCAGAAGCACUACAGAAUGUGUCCAGCCAAGCCAAAGGAUGCUCCAAAAUGGGUGUGUAAAGAGUGCGGAAAAUCGUUCGUAAGUGGGAGAAGGUAUCUACAAGACCAUAUCAUGAUGGUGCACAAAGGUAUGCCUCCUUACCGGUGUGAUGUCUGCUUAAAAGGAUUCACAACUUUGGCUAACUUUAAGUCUCAUAUCCUGUUACAUGGCACAGAACGGCCGUUCAACUGUCGAGAAUGCAACAGAGGCUUCGCACAAAAAGGAAACUUUCUAAGACAUUUGAAAGGCGUGCAUGGUAUGCAAAUCACUUUCAAGAGUCGCAAACGUUGAGCCCUUUGAAUAACAUGCUAAUGCAUUCAUCUUUCGUUUCUGCUCUCCAAAGCUUUAAUAUGGCAAUCCACUCAGUUCAAUGUUGAACGUAUCAAGGUAGCAUAUAUUUUUUAAGUUGUGUACACUUUCGUACAAGUAAGUUUAGCGUUAUGUAUUGUAUUGGUUGUCUUUUAUAGAAACAUCAAUUCGACCCAUAGGGUCUAUUUCGAUUUGUUUACCCUUUUGACCAUGCUCAUGAAGACCUUAGUUUCACAAUUUUACAGUAAAGAGUUAAGCAGAGUUCCAAAUCUAAUGAUCGGUUUCCAGUAUCGAGAAGCUGCAAAAUUCAAAUUCAAGUAUCAUAUACAGAACCCUCUUCUUCGCUUACGUCUUUGUUGUCAGAUUUUUUCGUCAGAUUGUCCGCUGUUGUCGUCGUGUUGUCAGAUUGUCAGCUGUUACAUUGUCAAAUUUUUUGUCACUUACAUGUUGGAUUUUCAAUACUGCCAACAGAAGGAAGUUUUGUAACAGGGCCACUAUAGAAACUCACUUAAUGCUACGAAUCUUCACCAAGGAACAGGCAAGCUGUGACUUUCUUGGCAGUUCUGUCAGGCACACUAUUUCCAACUUUUGUCGAAGCAGGAAACGGCAGGUUAGGACAAGACUAUCAACUACAUACACAGAUGUUUGUCCAAAUGAACAAAUGGGAAGAUAGGGUUUUUUUGAAUGGUUAGAUCAACGUCUAGGUUGGGAGCACUGACUUAAGAAUAAAGCCAACAUAAAAUAAGAACAAAAUCGUCAUCUAAGCUUUAGCCUUGGCCUAAAAAUGAUUACCGCAGAAUAAUUGUGACCAUCCACAAAUAUGUACUUCUAGGAAACUGAGGUUAAAGUUUAGCUAACAGGAUAGAAUUUGAAUGUUGGAAGUGGCAUGAUUUUAUGUGAUAUCAGGAGGAAUGAUGUAGAAGAAGCACCUGGAAUAUGGCAAGACGUUCGGGUUCAUUUGGGAUUCAAAGAAAUUUUUAAAUUCAACUUUUCUAUUAUUGCAUAGUCUCUAAACUUUGAUAUACUAAGCACUUCAUGUAAAACAGUCGUAGAGAAUAACGUUUAGGCCACCAAAAUGAUCUUCCGUUGAAUUUCUUUGCUAGAAUUGGCGCAAAAUCAUGUCUUUACCCAUUUGUAGCAAACAUGUCAAGUAUCAUCUUAUCUAAGCAUGUAUAUAGAAUCGUUAUAGCGUUAAUAUGCAGAAUAAUUAAUAUAAACUACAGUUUUACUGUGCAUUCAUUAUCAAUUGUUGAUAAGUACUCUCUGUUGUUUUCAUGCUUUGAUUUUUAUUUCUAUGUUUGUAAAACUGCGUCAAGAAUUUUACUCUAGGAUUCAUGUUAAACAAUAUUUCGUCGUGUGUUUAUUAAAAUGUAGAACAUUUUAUUCAUGUUUAUUGUAAAAUGCCUUGAUAGCUAAUAAAUUUUCCUAGAAAAAACAAUGACCACAUGUUUCGAGUGCUGAAAUAGUUUUAUUUUCAGUCAAACGUAUCUAGAGAUUGGAUUUUGUUUUCGUACUUGAAUAGACUCUCGUGGCAUUUUUGAAAUUUCGUUACGGGACCAGGGUCCAGAAAAGUCCUUAAAGGCAUUGAGUCAUGGUAAAUAGGCUUUCUCUAUAGGGGGUCAUUUGGUUUCUGCGUAAUCGCUGCUGUUUCAUGUGAUAUUGGCAUCCGUUGUAGACAACUUGCUAUUGAUGGAAACUGUUAUGUUAAUCAGUACGAGGUGAGUUCAUGUGACCAGUUCAAGGUCAACCAAUAGCAUCGCAGUCAUAGAAAUCAUGACUCAGCGGAUUUUGGCUCUCAGGGUAUACCCAGUCUAUUUAUCAUGACUCAAUGCCUUUAACUUUCCUCCGGUCAAAUUUUUCUCCGUCAAAACCUUCCUCCAAAUUUUCAAGCAAUCACCUUGGACAGGGCGUGGUUUGGGAGUGGCUACGGCAUGAGGGGUUACAGACACAAUAAAUCGAGACAAAGUUAUGUCUUUGGGUCGAUGGUAAUUAUCGCAUACGAUAAAACUUUGCUAGAAUUCCAAUCACAUUACAGCUCAAAAAUAAUAUUUCUUUUAAAUUUCGAAUGAUAAAUUCGAUGGAAUUAUGAUAUAAUAUACAUUGAAAAAUUUCAAAACCAUGGAACACGAACAGCAUUCUCCUUUCAGAUGUGUUUUUUGGCAGUAAAGUAAGGGCGUGGACUGGAAACUUCGCGUCUUUUCGUGCUAUCAUUCACCAUUCGACUCAACGCGUGUUUUAAAAGCGCAACAAAGAAACAAGUGCAGAAUAAGUUGUCUCAAUUAUUUUUUAAAGUUCUAUUUGGCCAAAACCUUCCUCAAAAUUUCUAUUGUUUCUCAAACCUUCCUCCGGUCCAUGACCGUGCGACCGUAAUGUUUUCUGGACACUGUACUGUAUAUAUACACGAAGGCCGUGUAGAGCAAGUUGUUCAACGUAUAUUUCUUAUAGUGCGCCCACCGGCAUCUGGAGAGGUUUUUAGGCUUUUUCAGCUUUCCAGUGUAUAUAGUUUUCUGUAAGUUUUGACGUAGAGAGACAUGAAAUCUUUAAAAAUGCUUGUGUGGACACCAGUAGGUAGACUUACUUCACGAGUCUCUUUUUCGCUACUGUCGUAUUUUACAGACACUCUGUUGUAGCCAGUAGGCGGAAUACGAUAAAUCUUUACCGAUAUAAUUAAGAGGUUACAGGCUCGUAAACCUUUCAUAUGACAAGCAGUGAACAGGCAAAUUAAUACCAAUAAUAUAGACUGAUCCACGCAAUAACGCUGAAAGCACAGUUGUGUGCCUAGACAACAGUCUUUGGUGUUCACCUGAAAAAGAGCCGAGCGAGAAACGUGAAAACUAAAAUUAUCAGAGCGUUGAGAUGAAAUAAUUUCUGUUUUAAUUGCAAUUAACAGAGAUCGACAAGCGUGAUAGCCUACGAACUUAGAUCUAUUUCUCUGUGAGCUGAGCGUGAAGGUAAUGCUAUUACUGACGCUGUAUAGCGCUGUCACAGGGUUUCGUAAACGGUUUAUGAUCUUAUGACAUCGCAAUUAGGUCAUUUUUUGCGAUUUUGACGUGGAUUUCUCCUCGGUAGUCUCUCUAUAAAGACCUGUCUGCUAUCUUCAAACAGAUCUAACCAACUACUUUUGAAGUAAGAGAUCGUGCUAAAGAUUGUGCAGCAACUGGUCUCGGUUUCUUAGAACAAUGAUGCAUGAGACUUCUUUGACAUCAAAAUAUCAAAUUCAUAUUAUUAAAUCUCCGUUUAAACCCUCCUUGAUUUACUUUAUCAAAACUUAAGAUCCAAGAGACAGAAAUAAAACUU